UGCGAUCGAUGUAAGCAUUAUAGCUACGAUAGUAAAAGUCAGACUUGCCGAUUACGCUGUUGUGGUGAGGGAUUAUUUACUAGUAAAGAAAAGAAAAGGAUGAAUACUUAUAUGGCUCUGUUAUCGGCGUUAACGUUCUCCUUUACGUUGAUAGCAAUUUUAACCGCUGCUAUUCGACCACAACGUUUUCAAUAUCCAGAACGAAUCCUCAUAUUUAUGUCAAUAUGUUACAAUAUCUAUGCUUUAGUCCAUCUUUUACGUGUAUUCUUACGCUAUGAAACGGUAGCGUGUGGAAAACUCGACUCUAGCAAUAGAAUUCUUACUAAAAUGACAAAUUCAUCGAUUCUUAGCCAUGUGCCUUGCACAGUUAUAUUUAUUAUGUUAUACUAUUUCGACUUAGUCGCUUCAAUUUGGUUAGUAGUCUUAACGUUAUUAUGGUACUUAUCAGCCAAGAAAAAAUGGUGUUCUGAAAUAAUAACUGGCUAUGCUGUCUAUUACCAUACAUUAAGCUGGAUUAUACCUGCAGUGCCGGUUGCCGUCAUAAUUCUUUGGAAAAAAGUUAGUGCCGAUGAACUAACUGGAUUAUGCUAUAUUAGUAGCCAUCUAGCCACACAGAAAGGGUUCUACUUGAUUGGCUUUGUCAUUUUACCUCAUUCUCUUUGCUUAUUACUUGCCUCCGUAUUUAUGAUAGUGUUUUAUGUCAGCACUAGAAAAAUAAAAGCUCAAUUAGCACAAAACACCGCAGCGAAAGCCUCAAUGGUAAAAUUAAGUCGCUUUCGUGGCCGUGUUUUAACGUUCUUUAUCUUUUAUUGGCUAUUAGCAUCUAUCAUAAUAGGCUGCUAUUGCUAUGAGUACACUCAAGGACCUUAUUGGCAACCUUUGCAUAGAAAUCAAUCACGAUUUAACCAAUUUCCAUGUGAGAAAAGGCAAAAUAUACAUUCUGACGUUCAUAUCUCAGUGCUUGCUGUUAAAUUAUUAGCUCAACUAUUACGCGGUAUUGUUGUCUCAUUUUGGAUUGCUUCACGGAAAACAGUCAAUGAAUGGGAAAAUAUUUUUCGUUUAAUAUGUUGCUCUCACAAGUUUAUUCAAUUCUAG